UAUUAGAAUAGGAUUGAGAAAUAAACAAGGAAUACAAAUUUUACCCAUAACUGUCCUUGUUAAUCACACACUUUUUCAUAAAAUUAAAUGAUCAAAAAUCUACAACUACAUUAUUACGUAACUUGGCAUACUUCAAUUAGUUUACAAUUGCUACAUUCAUACCAUACCUUCUGUCUACACCAGCGCCAUUCUGGAAGGUCUUUGAACUGUUAUUUAUAAAAAACCCUGGACACUUUUUCACAUUUUCUCCCAUAAGAGAUGUUACUCCUUAUCUCUAUCCUCCAUAGAAAUAAGAAUUGUUUAUUUCUUUCAGGAAAUUAUAACCUAAACGUAUAAACGUAACGUAGGAUUACAUAUAACUAAAGUAAAACGUAUGUAUGUAAACGUAUGUAACUCUUGUAUUGUUAAUGUUUAUACCAAGACGUUCAUACAGAGUUUAAGAGUAUUUUUUAAACAUCUUUAUUUCUGAUCACUAAAAUGUUUGUUAGACAGUACGAAAGUGUAAUUGAAAAUGAGUCGAGUAGCGAUGAAGAAGUAUUCAAAUUUCAAAGAAAACUUAAUAAUAUUAUUGCAUCAAAUUCAAGCUCAGAAAAUGAGAAUUCGUAUGAGAGUGAAGAUUUUGAAGAACUAUUAGAAAACCUGUCUACAGAAGAAGAGAAUGAACAAAAUGAUACUGUUGGUUUAUUUGACAAUAUCCAGUGGAUGCAGUUUACCGGAAAACAAAAAUCAUUUGAAUUCACUGGGAAUAGUGGACUUCUUGUAAAACUACCUGCAAGUAUUACAGCGGGUCAAGUUCUUUCUCUCUUUUUGAAUGAACAAGUGAUAGACCUUAUAGUGGUGGAAACAAACAGGUAUGCAGAGAAAAAAUUUGGUCAAAAUACUAACAGCGAAUACCUUCAAGAUAAUAGAUGGGAACCAACAAAUUCUGAAGAGAUCAAAAUAUUUCUUGGAUUAUUGCUUUGGAUGGAGUUAGUGCAAGUGCCACUAAACGAAUAUUGGUCAACAAAUCCUAUUUAUAAUUUUCCAUUUCCCCGUAGUAAAAUGUCUCGGAAACGAUUCAAAUUAUUAUUAUCAAAUUUACAUUUUUCAAACAACGAAGCCAUACAACAAAAUAAUCGACUUGGAAAAGUAUUACUAUUAUUGCAAAUACUUACAGAUAAUUAUCAACAAAUAUUUUUACCUGGCCCAGAAAUUGUAGUUGAUGAGACUAUAGUUCCUUGGAGGGGAAGGCUUUUAUUCAGGCAAUACAUACCGACAAAGUCAUAUAAACAUGGGAUGAAACUGUUUAAAUUAUGUUCUACAGAAGGUUAUACAUGGUCCAUUAAAAUAUAUGCUGGACGAGAUAUCUGUGGGAUCAAUCAAACCUGUAGUAUUAUACCCGAAAAUGUUUGCAUCGAGCUCAUUAAUAAGCUAUUAAAUGAAGGACGUACCUUGUAUAUUGACAAUUUUUAUACAAGCUACGAAUUAGCAAUAAAAUUAUUAAAUUUCAAAACCUAUGUUGUUGGAACAGUACGUCACAACAGAAAUUUUAUGCCAAAAGAUGUUAUGUUUCACCAAUUGCAAAGGGGUGAAAUAAUAUCACGGGAAGACGAUAAUGGCAUUGUAGUGCUGAAGUGGAAAAAUAUCCGUGAUGUCAGUAUAUUAUCAUCGAAACAUGCACCUGUUAUGGUACCAAUUUCGGAUUCUUCCAUUCUUAGUAGUCGUCGUCCUCCAAAAACUAAACCAUUGGCAGUAAUAGCAUACGAUACUGUAAGAUCUGGCAUUGAUAGAAACCACCAAAUGGUAUCAUAUGCAACAACAAUUCGGAAGAGCAUAAAAUGGUAUCAGAAACUAGCAAUUCACUUCCUUAUAGGAAUUACCGUAAUUAAUGCACAUAUUGUUUAUCAAAAAGCAACAAACCAAAAAAUAAAAAUAAGAAAAUUCCGAGAGCUUAUAGUUCAAGAGUGGUUGGAGUCGGAAAACGCAAAACCCCAUAUAAUAGAAAAAGCGUUUCAUCAAUUGCAAGUUCGAAAAAAUCCUCAGGGCAAAUCUAUAAGAAGGAUGUGCGUACGGUGCUACGCAAAACAAAGACAAACUCAACAACGCCAGGAAGUAAGAAAAAAUUUACAAAAGACCAUAACUUAUUGUCCUGAAUGCCCACGGUCACCUCAAUUAUGUUUCUUAUGUUUUAACGAAUUCCAUCAUAACCAAUAAAAAGCUAUAUGAAUCUAUCUACAACACCUAUCCGUGUUGUUGGAGGGAGAUCUGUACAAAGAAUUACAGACUCAGAUUUACUUACAGACACAGAACAACUUUUUAUCAGACGGAGCUUUACAGAGAAUCAGAGAACCACUUAACUUAACUUAUCUACACGUAUUUAUACAAAAAGUAACCUACGCCCUUUUGGAGAGGGGCAGGGAAGAUAUUAAUCUUAUUGGCCUUCAGCAUUCACUGGAGGUGGGGGGCCAAAAUCGGAAAAGCUCGGUCUCCCAUCGUUUUUAAUUGUUACCGUCAACGGUCCUCUCCUUGGUAACUAUCAACGAUUUUUCAUAAACAACCGUCAACGGUUAUCCCUUUAGCAACCAUCAACGGUUAUCUCCCUAGCAACCGCCAACGGUUUUCCAAUUGUUAUGAGAAAGAGAAUAACACAAAAGAAGAAGAUCGUAACCUAAUACGACUUAUCGCCUACACAUAACGUUAAAAGUACACCUACUGUACAAAAUACCAAACAUAAUUGAUGCUUGAAAUUCACGCCAAUAAAGAUGGACAGAUCACGGGGCGCGCAUGGGAAGGGUUGAACGGAAAAAGACUACUGGGUAGACCGAGACGUAGAUAGGAGGACAAUAUUAGGAGGGAUUUUAAAGAAAUAGGCUACGAAGACCGCGAAUGGAGAGGAGGUCGCCCUCAGGAACAGGAACACUGGCGGGAUAUUUAGUAUUUGCUGCAAUUGCUUUUCAAGUUCCUAAUGCUAAUUAAUAAUUAUAAUAAUAAUGUUAUUGAAUUAUAACGUGUUUCUUUUACAACGACUUUUGAAGAGAACAUUUUGUUGGAAUCCUUGUGAUUCAAAACUCAAUGAAAUGAAAAAAAUACUACCAAAAUUGUUUCGUUUUUUUUUUCAAGCAUUUAAAGGAAUUAGUAGCAACAACAAAAAUUACUUAUGUGUGUAAACCCAUAAUAAAGAUAUCUCAAAUUCACAGAAAGACUAUCAUCUACCGGACUUUCAAAAAAGGAUAUAUUAUAUUUACUUAGGUUAGGACAGUGUAUCUUUCUGUCGACAAACAUUCUACAAUUUUUUGUUCUAUCUAUAGCUAUCGCAUUCGGCAUUCUAUCUUAAUUGAUACCAUUUUGAAAGUGAUAGUUUUUGUCAGCUACCCUCCAUCCCAAGAUCAUGCCGGUGCCCUUUGAUAUAUAUGUGUGGUAACAAUAUUAUAAUAAAUAAAUAAUCCUACAAUUAUCUUACUCUUGAUAAUACUCAUUCUUUUGAAAAUUAAUUUUUUCAAGGUUUCACUUUUAACACGUGUGAUCUGCAUACAUGAUAUUUAGAAUAUGAAACGGGCCAUCACAACUUCCUACACACGGACAGAAUCUGGCCUUCUUCAUGACUACCCUGGUCAAACUACAUAAGAUAAUUUUUUGGUUUAAAAGAAAAUAUGUAAAAUAAAUGA